GAAAAAAACCUAACCAGUGCACGCCAUGAAUCUACAAAAAUGUAUAUGGAUAUCUGUGUAACUUAUGCAUAUAUCGUUGCAGUUGAUGAAAGCAAAAACCAUUCAAAACGUGAAUAGGCCUUGGCCAUAAAUUUCGUAUUCUCUUUGCAUUUGGCUGCGCUCAAACUGAUACCAGCGUAUACUGUAGGCUGCAUUGGCAUGUGGGUUGUUACGUAGGACCUGUAGAUAAUUACUACAUGGGAUAGUUAUAGGACCGGUCGGGUAGCCGUCAUCUUCAUUCUAACAUCUGCGCGCGUGGACGCGAGAGGACCUGCUUUUGUUUCCAAACAUUGUUCUCACGAAAUCUCGACCGGGUAGUCCGUCCUACUUCUCUCGGGCUAGCCCUUAAAUACUGUGUAUUGGGGACGUCACAGCUAGUACUGGACGCUGUUCUACCUUAACGACAUGCAGAGACCAAACAGCAACCCGCGCCCGGCGUACUUCGGCGGUUCCCGUGCCGAGUGGGUCCUGAAGACGAUCGGCGACUUGGACGACAGGGCCCGGACCUUGCGGUGCAUGCACUGCGCCGGGCAGGCGACGUGGAUCUGCCUGGACCCGGUGUGCGUGUACUACAACCGGGAGAGGGUGGUGUCUCUGUGCGACGAGUGCGACAAGCGCUUCCACCCGACGUCAAGUCUCAUCAUGGACAGCCACCGCCGCAUGGGAGUAGCGCUGUACAUCUCCAUGCUGAUGCUUCACCGCUACCACAGAGUCAUUGGGACGAUCGCUGAGACAAUCGAGCGCGGUAAAAAGUCCGCUCAGGCAGACCGCAGAGAGGCUGAGUUGACGCGGCUUUCAGGGGCGACCCUCCCCGCGCUCCGGUCGCGGUCUCCCGCCACGUCGGAAGCCUCCAACCCGGUCAGCCCCGACAGCACGGAGAUCUCGACAAGUAGGAAGAAGAGGAAGCAUGAAGAAGCGGACGACACAAGUAAACCAGUCACCAGGGCGCCCUGCACUGACGAAGACCGCCAGGUUCAGUUCUCUAUCGCCGAAGUCCGGCCUAUCCACGAGUCGUACGGCCGGAUCCUCGCACGUCUGAGGGACGACCAGUCUCUGUCCGUCUCCGAGGCCUGCAUCCACGAACCUUUCGGCAAGCUGACCGUCAGAAACUACGCCGCCAUCGCCGAGCUGAAGAUCGUGGACGCCAAACUAUACACCUCCGUGCUGGACAGCUACAUGCGACAGGGCGACGGGAGCGGCACGCUGUCGGGGUUCGAGCGGGAGUGUCGGCAGGUGUUGUCCGGGUACUUCCGACAGGUGGCCGCAAUGAGGAACAGGAGAGAACUCUUGCCAAAAUUUGAUAUCCCUAACUAAGAACUAAAA